CCCGGAAGCGCGCGGACUUGCGGCGCCGGGCCGGGCUGGCCGGGGUCAGCGGGGACCGCACCGGGAGGCGCGCGCCGCCCGGCCGCGGUCCGCUGCGGUCACAGGUGGGCGGCUGCGGCGAGGGUUCAGCCACGCGGAGCGGAGGUCCCCAAGACGCCGGCUGUCACACCCGGAGCCCAGCGGAGCCGAGGUCGGAGACGAUUCCGCGGCUCGGGAGGAGCCGAUCCUUCGCCACUCCGUGUCUGUCCCCGGCGGCAGCCGCACCUCGGUCGGGAGGACAGGUGCACAUCAUCACACACAAGAGCCAGGUAUGAAGCUAGUGAAGAAAAAGAAAACCGAAGAGCCUGAAUUGGAGCCCCUGUGCUGCUGCGAGUACAUAGAUCGAAAUGGGGAAAAGAACCACAUGGCUGCUUGUUUGUGUGAUUGCCAAGAUCUCGAUGAAGGGUGUGAUAGAUGGAUUACGUGUAAAUCAGUGCAGCCAGAGACUUGUGAAAAAAUCAUGGAUACAAUUUCUGAUCGCCUACGAAUUCCUUGGCUUAGAGGAGCCAAAAAAGUUAACAUUAGUAUCAUUCCUCCACUUGUCCUUCUUCCUGUCUUUCUUCAUGUGGCUUCUUGGCAUUUCUUGCUGGGGGUGGUGGUUUUGACCUCCCUUCCUGUGCUGGCACUGUGGUACUACUACCUCACUCACAGAAGGAAAGAACAGACUCUGUUUUUCCUGAGCCUUGGACUGUUUUCACUGGGCUACAUGUACUGCGUGUUCCUGAGGGAAGUGGUCCCCAAAGGGCGUGUGGGGCCCACUCAGCUGGCUGUUCUUACCUUCGGGUUAUUUCUGAUACUCUUAGCCUUGUACAGAGCCAAGAAGAAUCCAGGCUACCUCAGCUAUCCAACAAGCAAUGACAAAUCCCUAAACAGCAGCCAAAUUGAAUGCCUGAACAAAAAAGGACAGGAGAAGACCACAGGGUUCCCUGGAGCAGAUACGUCAGGUAGUCUCAGCAAUCGCACGCUGAAGGAUGAUCUUAAAAGCUCCUCCAGGAUGGGGGCUGAAAGCCCCACCAAGGCGAAGGAGGACUGGUGUGCCAAGUGUCAGCUGGUGCGACCUGCCCGGGCAUGGCAUUGCCGGAUAUGUGGCAUCUGUGUGAGGAGAAUGGAUCAUCAUUGUGUCUGGAUAAAUAGCUGCGUUGGAGAAUCAAAUCAUCAAGCAUUUAUACUUGCCCUUUUGAUCUUCUUGCUUACUUCGGUGUAUGGGAUAACGCUGACUUUGGACACCAUUUGUAGAGAUAGAAGUGUCUUCACAGCUCUCUUCUAUUGUCCUGGAGUUUAUACAAAUUACAGCUCGGCUCUGUCCUUCACCUGUGUGUGGUACUCUGUGAUCAUCACAGCGGGCAUGGCCUAUAUCUUCCUGAUCCAGCUGAUAAACAUCAGCUACAAUGUGACCGAGAGGGAAGUCCAGCAGGCCCUCCGGCAGAAGACUGGGCGCCGCCUUCUCUGCGGGCUCAUUGUGGACACGGGCCAGUACAACAGGGGCUUCCUGCGGAACUGGCACCAGUUCUCUACCCUGGGCACACACCCAUUCCCCCACCCUGCCGAGGACAUUGUCUGAAGUGCCUUCUGCAUGGCUGAGGGGUGGCUCCUUCCUCUGUUCCUUUCCAUCGUACACUUCAGUGUCCAGAGGAUGUUCAUUUCUCCCCCGUUUCUUAAAGGCAUUGUAGGGCCAUGCUCAGGUUUGGGGACUGGACUGAAGUUAAUUUUUCUGACUUCAUAA